AUCAUUACCGUGCCAGACCUCGAGGAGUACAAACGUGUUUCUCGUUACCUGAGCUCAGUCGAGAGAUCUCGUGCCGCUCUGCUUUCCCCCGUAUCGACUCUCUCUCUUUCUCUGUCUGUUUUCGUGCGCGCAGUCCGAUACACGCGUGUGAUAUAUCGCGCCAAAGAGGACACAGUUUCGCGUGGCUAAUUCGCCACGGUGUACGUCGCUCUCGCAGUCGUCGUCGUCGUCGUCGUCAUCGCCGAUCGUCAACGUCAAGUCCGACGUCGCGGUGAGGCAACGCGCGACCCCAGGACAACUCACGUGCUCGCACGACGAUCUGUGGCUCGCGCAAUCGACACCUGUCUGUGUUGCCUACUCACGUGUAAACCGCACAGUGCCAAGCAGCCCCAUCGGGUCACGGGACAUUGAACCGCGCUCGCGGAGAUCGCUCGAGAAAAGCGCUUUCUCCCUCGGGGACUCGCACUUUUCCAAGUUUCUGCUCUGUGCCCACGAGAGUUCUCAGUGUUUCAAGUGCGUGGAGAGAGCGACCGGUGGACCGCGGUCAGAGGUCACGGAGAGCUCCGGACGGUCACGUGCGAUCGAGGGUAGAGGAAGAGGCAAGAGAAGAAGAGGCAAGAGGUCGCAAAGCAGAAGACGAGAAACAGCAGCAGCAGCAGCAGCAGCAUGGCUAUACCGUUCGCGCUGCCCACCGACGGCGAGGCGGACUCGCAUCAGAUGACGCUGAUGCUGGACCUGUACGCAGCCCUGCAUCGCGCACUCCGCAGCAGGAAUGCUCAGCAUCCGUCACGAAAUCAUCGGGCACCUCGUCGUUCCGGCGACUACGCUUCCCGGCAGCACCUGGUGAUCCUGGUGCAGCCCGGCACGGAGGAUCUGUCGAACCUGCCGCUGCCCGACCUGGUGCAGUCGGCAGUGGACCAGUUGCCACCGCCGUCGCCCCAGGUGACCGUUUCCGUCCCCAACAGCCCGAUGAGAGACGCGACCUUCCAGUUUCCUGAGAGUGACGCACCGUUGCCGAGCCCAAGGCCACGACCACGAAGACGGCUCGCCUCGGAGAGCUCGGUCCUGGACAAGGGCCCGAUCGAGGUGAUCUGCAGCAACGGCAGCACCUGCUGCUGCCACCUUGGCCACCAGACUCUCAACGAGAGGCAGUGGGCGAGCGUGGGUGCCAAUCUCAGGAACAUCGCCGGUGACUUCCACGCGUCCAAGACCAAGGACGCUGAGAUCGAGAAGGCGCGACUGCCGGUGAUCGGCUCGGGCCUGUCAAGCGGUCACAACAGCAACUCGUCGUCCACCGACAGCUUGCUGUCGUUGCUGAUCCCGGCGCCGUUGCGCGAGACCCUCUGGGCAACGGUGGCCCUGUACCUAGGCUGGAGACUCGUCUCCCGCCUACGAUAGACGCACCGGUCUCGCCCAGCCGUCGUCCCGGAUGACACCGGCGGUCCUGCGGCCCGAUUAAGCGGCCGUGUCGGCACCCGGCACAACACGGCGUUUGGGAACUGUUAGAGGCGGCGGACCGCAUGGACCGCCAGUAAAACUACCGACUCCUACCCGGGAUGAUCCCCGGAAUUCUCGAUCGAACGCAUCGGACGUCGCCGAGAGAAGGAUGGGAUCUACAGCCCGGAUCUCUCUUCGUGAUCGAACGGCGGAUUUCAUCGAGAUAGAGGUAGAGAAAGAAAGAGAGAGGAGGAGAGAGAGAGAGAGAGAGAGAGAGAGAGAGAGAGAGUGAAAGAGAGAAAGAGCGAGAGAAAGAAAGCAAGAACGCGCGCGCGUCGAGGAUCACGAGCCAUCUCUCGUUCGAGCAUCCACUCGGAUUGUAUUUUGUAUAAUCGUUUUUUGUAUCGUCGCGCGGCUCGUCCGCUACGCCACCGCGAGAAUGCGCUUGGUCAAUUUUGAUUGAUUCCCGAGGGACCGUCUCAUUGUUUAAUAUGAUGAAAGAAAUUACAAAGUAUCGGCACGUCAAUUAUAAUGAUUAUGGUGACGAUAUGAUCCGCACGAGUAAUGAUGAGCCGAUAAAUCGAAAGUUGUUCUCCCUGUUGAAUGCGUUCCCUCGGGUGGGUUCGUGAAAUUUAUGCAAGAGAAAAGAGCAAGAUUUUUAUUAAAGAAAAAAAUAAUAAUAAAGAAAAUAAAGAAUGUCAAGGUGUGUGCAAAAGAAUGUCAUCACCGUUUCGCAGUGGACACUCGCGAUUCGUCGGUUCGCCGCGGACAAGUUCCGACUGUGAUCGUCGCGCGAAUGACGAAGCGAGGGUGGCUAGCGACACGGCGGAGUCCACCGGGUGCAUUCUCAUGCGGGGUGCGAGAGGCGAACGGGCGGACAGGAAUUAUCUCGAACGUGUGGAUCGCCGUUCGUGGCGAUAGUUCGCCCCGCGGGAUGAACUUUGUAGGUGUGUAGGAGGCCGAAGGGGCGGGAUUAUAGUUUUAGGGGAGAUAGCCCCCGACGCGCGGGGUAAGGUAGGGGGGAGGGGCGGGGCGGGGGGCGGAAGGACCAGAGUAACCGAAUUGCGUAUUGCGCGGCGAUCGGACCGAGACACGAGGAGGAAGAGGUAUUAUUUAGGAGUGACGGGGGGAGCUAAGGACGAGAUCCAAAGAGGAUUAAACCCAAUAAUCAAAUGAUGAUCUCAUUACGAAUAAAUAAAGAGAAUUAAAUAAAGUAGUGUGAUUACGGGAACGAGAGAAGGGCGGACCACCCACGCAGGCCCCUUUUAUAUUCUCCGUCUUCUCUUCGCGCGUCCGUCCCUCUCUUGGUCUUGCCGGUAGAGAAAACGAGAAAGAGAGAGAGAGACCCUUCGAUGUGUGCGGCUUGUUGUAGAUAACGCGGUCUCUCCCGGUCGACGUGGUGGGCCGAGCGGGAUUUUUUUUAACGACGUCGCCCCGCGACGUUUCGCGAGGUACGUUUUUCGUCAGGGAGGCACUUGGUCGGGGAAGGAUUGAGAGAGCGAAAGAGAGAGAGAGAGAGAGAGAGAGAGAGAGAGAAAGAGAGAGAGACGCGUUGGAUGAUAUCGCGCGCUGGAGAGAAGAGGGACUCGAUGAGGGACCGAGGAGUCGUCGCUAGACGGCCGAUCGAACCUCGCAAGACGUCGCUACGGCGCUGGCGAGAUAUAUGUAUAUAUAAAGAAAGAGAGAGAGAGACGUCGGGUGUGACGUGUAUUCCAAAAAUGUUAAGAAAUGAUAUAAGGAGGUGAGACGCGAGAGCGAGGACGUGCAAGGUGGUGGAGACGGAUAGGGGAGCAACCUGCGUGUACGUGCGUUUGUGCAUGCACGUGUGUGUAUGUAUGGACGGGUGCGUGCGUGCGUGUGUAUAUGUGCAUGUGUCUAUGUGCGUGUAUGCGUGUGUAUAGAGGAUUUAUCUAAAGUAAUUACGCAAACACUCAGUAAUAAGUCAACGUGUUAAUAGUUAAAGUAGAUAAUCGAUAGGCCGAGGAUCGCGGCAUCUUAAUUGGCUAGCUGCGAGUCCCGUGGACAGUUUUCAAAUGAUCUCCGGUAGCUUAGCUAUUAGUGGUGGCCCUGGUCGCAUGCAGGACGCCUUUCGCGGCACAUCGGAAGGAGCACCUCCCUCUUUCCCCUGUGUCCUUUCUAAUAACUUGUCUAUAUAUCUCCAUACUUCUCUCUCUUUCUCUCCUUCUUUCCUUCGCCCUUUUUCCCGCCUGUCGACGAACCGUUUCUCGUCUCACUCACACACACACUCUCUCUUUCUCUCUCUCUACUCGCUAUUCUCGUUCUUCCGCGCGAUUCCCUCCGCAUAUAUCGCGUCACCGCUUCGCAAUUCCGCUUCACGUUUAUCGACGACGUCGAGGACGAUGGUCUCUUCGCCGUCGCUCUGUGUUUGCGCACGACCUAACGUAAUCUCCGAUCUCGAACUUGGCGCGUAUCUCGGCCGGUGCUCGGUCUCUUCUCGGUGUUGUUUCGCAUUCGUUUGCGCGAUCCAGAGGGUCUCAAUUUUUCGCGAGAUCGCGAGUCUCGCGAAUUUUCUUAGGGCUUUCUCUACAGCGCGGGAACGGUGGAUGCGGGUGGUUGUGUGGCCCGGUGAGCGACGGAGGAAUGUGAAACGCGUAUCCUCGGGCUUUCUCGUUCGGUCGCAGGCUGAGACCAAAACUAUCGAGGCUGCUGUGUUGUUGCACAUUCGUCCCUGCGCUUUCCCCUCGUCCCGAUUGCAGUCUAUCGCGUUUUCCCUUUGUCUCCCUAUUGAUAGGAUCGUGACGUACUCCGUUGUCGAGGUAUUCCAGUGUGUAGGACCAUAGUAUUUAUUUAUAGGCGAUACACACACACACACAUACACAUAUGCAUACACACAUACGAACAAACAUACAUAUACAGAGAUUUUUCUCUCUACUAUCUGGUAGGGCCGCGUCUCGGGGUAAAUGUACGCUACGCGGUUGCGAGAUAUAUUACCGUCACCUCGAGAUAAGCGACUUCUCGCCAGACGCUUCCGCGGGAGCGGCUUUUUGGAAAGUCAAUAAACGUCAGUGUGUCCGUAUAACGCGCGAAAGUAAUCUCUAAAGACGCGAGUAGAUAGAGUGAUGUUUUCUCCUCUCAUGGAAAGGAAGAAAAGAGAGAGAGAAAGAGGGAGAGGAAGAAGGAGAGGCGGAACCGUUCGAACAGCGAAACGCAGGUGUUCGCGACGCGCCGUUCUGAUCUCGACGCGCGGAUUUUUAGAUUUAUCGUGUGUUUCUCAUUGUAUGUCGCUACAUUCUGUCGUGUUUCUCGCGAGCCACCGCUCAUCAGGAACUCAGAUCUAUUCCCGCGGAACGUGGACCACCCCGUCGGAUCCGUCGGAGUUGUAUUUCGAACGCACCGUUAUUUAGCGAAAUUAAACUAAUUUCCAUUAUUUUUUCGAGCGACUUUACGCGCGGAGAUUUGGAGAGUAAAAUUAAUUUUUAAUUAUGAUAAUGAUAAUAUUAUUUUUGAGAAAAAAAAACUUUUUCACAGAGAUAUCGUGAGAGAUUUUAAAACACGCGUUGCAAGAUUCUAAUUUCGCCGAGGAGCCGCCGAGCACUCGCAAUUUUACGCCAAUUCGUCUCUCGAAAUCGGCACGUGAAAAUUGCCGGAGUUAAUUCGCGCCUCGUCGGCAGCUCGCACGAGCUGUUAAGAAUUGUCGAUAGCCGUAUCGCGACAAACGUGGAAGUCGUCGACUCGGAUUCGACGGCGCGAAGCGUCCCGUUCCCGCCAGUAGAAUCUUCGAUCUAGCUCAGGUCGAGUUCCCUCUGUGCCGCUUGCUCCUUUCAUGGAGAGAGCACGCAAUGGUACAAGAUUAUCGUGUAUACAUAUUGAUAUGAUAAGUAGUGUUCGUCUGUCGUCUGUCGAGGGCCACGAGAGCCGAGAAGCACCUCUUUCUCGUGGUGGUUGUUGCAUUCCGACCAAAAGGGAACCAAAAUUCCCGUUUUCCUGCAGCGCGGCGAAUUCGAGACGGCCUAAAGGGUCGUGGCCACGCAUUUAAUCCUCUUACUCCGUAGAUAGGGAAAAAGGGCACCAGCGAAUUCGCGAGCCCCCGUUUCCCCUCCCCCUCUCGCCGUUUGGCCUGGCGAGGGAGGAGUGUUGAUGAAACAGGAAAAAGACAGGAAUAUAUAUAUAUAUAUAUGCAUGUGUAUGUACGUAUGAAGGAAAAUUGAAAGUGAGAAAACAAGGCGCAUGUACAUAGUCGCUUCUUUCGGGGACCGUAAACGCACUAACGCACUACGGUUUCUCUUUUCCCGGUAUUCUCUAUUUCUAUUUUUUUUUUACCUUCUUUGUUCGUUCAUUCGUUUUUCUGUUUUUUUUUACAGUUAAUUACCAGCUAGAAACGGUACACUCUGUAGAAGCACUUUUAGAUAGUAGUCAGCCAUAUGGAAAAAUAUAAUAAUUAUAUAUGGAUAAACAUAUAUAUAUAUAUAUAUAUAAUGGAAGACGCGUAUAUAUAUAUAUAUAUGAAAGAAGUAUAUAUAUAUAUAUAUAUAUAUAUAUAUAUUUUAAAUGGUAUAUUUGGGAUAAUCGAAAUAUUGUUUCGAGAGAUGAUAACCCGUUUUGUGUGUGUAUGUGUGUGUGUAUGUGUGCGCGGAGAGUCAUAUAUUUCGAUGGGGCGCGAACCCCCGAGAGAAAGUAUAGCGGGGAGGGUGGUGUUUAUGGUGGAGUUGGAGAAAUGGCGGUUCUUCGAGAUCGAUGGAGGUCGAAGGACGUAGGUCCAAGGUGAGAAAUAAGCUGUAACUGUGACUAUGUGGAUCGUGGGGGGCAGGCUGUCGAUUUGCUGUCGCUCGUCGAGGGCCACACCGAGAUCAAUUUCACGCGCGCCCCCUAAACAAGGAGCGGACGGGGGAAGAGAAGUAAGCGCGCGACGGGCUGUGUGUAUUCCACGAGAGCCGGUCUCUUUGCGUAUCACUAAAGAUCUCGCGCGGCACACGCGCACCCUACUCGCCGCACCCUAUCGAACCCGAUUUGUGCGGCGAGAGGACAGAAAGAAUAGGAAAGGAACAAACAUGGAAUCAAACGGCAGAGACAGCCCGCCCACCCGAGAUCCCCGCGCGUCAAAGCGUCACUGUGAUCUCGUAAUUAUUAAUAAAAUAUCCGAUUAUAAUAACGAAGUAAUUAUACGAAUAUUAUAUAAUAUUGCCCCCUUUCCCCCCCCCCCUCCUCUCAUUAUGAGCAGGAAUAUAAAAAUCUCCCCUCCCGGGGACACGAUCCAAUGUACUCUCGCUAAUGUGCGAAAUCAUGGUUUUGCGUCUCUCUCGUCGGAUUUCUUUCGUCCUGUUUUGUUCUACGCGGUACGUUCUCUCUUAGUGCAUCCUUCUUUCUAUCUCUCCUUUGCAUUCUCUCUUCUGAAUCCCCUCUCUCGUAAUACGUGUUCGCGAGCGCGUGCAUGCGCGCAUCCUAGUUCGUAAUCGUAACGUUAAUAACCUUAUCUUAUUAAUGAAUCUUUCAUAUGAUCUCCCGGAGGUAUCGAUUGUGUCAGGCGAGUCCAAAUGGCCGAUGCCGUUCGUUUCCGCCCAUCCGCACGCACGAGAAGUCGUCGUCUCUCCUUCUGCUAUCUCUCGAUUUUCCUCUUGACAUUUUCUUUCCUUUUUCAUUUCAUUCACCACGGCUACUGUCAGAACGGACGGUGUCGGCGAUCGAUUGGCCGUAUACCUCAGUUAAAUAAAGUAUAGGAUUGUAAAGCAAUUGAAGAGAGAAGAAAGAAAAAGAGAGAAAGAGAGAGAGAGAAAGGGAGAAACAUUUAUUCAGAAGAGAAGACGAGGGAUAACGACGUUGUUGUAGCAAUCUUACUCAAAUAGAUAGGUUUAUAACAACGAAAACUGUUUAUCGCAGCGUUCGCACUCAUUAAUCACCUACGACGUACUAUUACGAUCCAUCGCGAUCGUUAUUAUUAUCAACGAUUAUUAUUUUUAUUUUUAUUACUAUCAUAUUAUAUUAUUAGUUAGUACAUACUCGUCGCGCGCAUCCAGUGUAAAGGCUCGAGUUCUUAAACUCCCCGGCGCUGUAAAGAGAUAAUCGACUAGUCUUAUCGGACCAACCAUUGAGAUUUGUAUUUUUGUUUAACGACGCGUAUUUUCUAAGAGAGAUCGAGAUUUUUCCCCCUCUACAUACAUAAUAUACAUACACAUAUUAUAUAUAUAUAUAUAUAUAUAUAUAUAUAAAUAUAUAUAUACACCCACGCAUAUAUAUAUAUAUAUUUGCGAAAAUAUAUGUAUAUGUACUUUUUGUUUUUUUUUUUAAAUAAUAUCGAUCAGUCUCCCUCCUUCCUCCUCAGAGGCGCUUUUCUCUCGCCUCUUCUGUAAUCGCGAUCCCGAGAUAUCGGAAGUUCGAGCCGGGCAUCGGGGACGACGUUUCCGUUGAAUUCGCCCGCGCGUUCCCGUUCACCCUAUCUCGCCGAGACUCUCCCGCGGGAUAUCGCACGGAGCGAGCAACGUGUGCGAGCGGGCGAACGGCGGAGCGAGUGAGUGUCGCCCUCGAUCGAGGCGCCCGUGUCAUUGUAAGACCACUUCUACCAGUAAUAAAUUAUUGUAGUACGCCGUAACGCGCACAGGAGAUACUUGAUCUUUUCAGCAGUAUUUCAACCGGGGCGGGCCGCGUCCUCGCGCCAGGGACACCCUCGCGAGUCGACGACGAUCGGUCGACUCGCGCUGCGAUCUUUUCGCGUCGAGCGAGCGAGCGAGCGAGCGAGAGCGAACGAGUGAACGAGCGGGCGAGCCCCGGUUCAAAUAGCACGUAAAUUUUCGCAUGUAUUGAAAGCAGAGCUCGUCGUACAUGUGUACGCAGCAUCACAUAUUACAUAUAUGCUGACAUGUAUACAUGUAUAUACACUCGUCACACAACACCCAUGCAUACAUCCACACAUACAGACACACAUACACACGAUUCACACGCGAAAGCAUACCCUUGCCCUUUAAUACUAUUGUAAUCGUCUAAGAUCUUAACGAGAAAUUUCAUUUGCUCAGACUGUAUAAGUUUGCCAUAAAAUGACUGUUGUACGUUCUUCGGAUGUGUACUACUACUCGUGUCUAGAAGUAAGGGAACCUUCGCGCGAUUACUCUGUCGCUCCAGCCACAGUCAGGUGCCAACCAUCGCCCACGGUUUUCGCGUUUUUUCUCCGUAAGAUAGCCGGCUAGGUCGAUCGUUUUGUCGCCGUGCCACUCGGAAAGCCCGCUUUUCCCGAGGUCACCCGAGAACGACUCGCUCCCGCGCCCACCUCGUCCUCGAAAUCGCGACUCGCGCCGUCACUAUUUAUUCCGUUUACUUCUACACUGUAAUUCUGUUACACACGAAAAAAACUUUGGAAAAUAUAUAAUAUACAUGCAGAUAUUGACCGCCUCUAAUUCUCGUUGAAUCCUUCUCUCUUUCUUAAGAGAGCGUCUUUCACGUCGCUCUCGAAUAAUUUGCACGAUCUACGCGAAAAGAGCAAGGACAAGCCGGGGGCAAAGUGAGCGAGGGGCGAACGAGUCGCACUCGGUGGGCCGCCUUCGCCUGUAUUCCUUCGCUGUGUAAUCUUUCGUGCUCCACUUAAAGUAGCGAGAAGCUCGUAAACUCUGAAUGCCUACGAAAUGCGUUACUCGUAGCCAAAUGUCCCGUGGACCAUACAGACCGCCGAGAUCUAUUCGUUAUUCCAGCGCAAAAAAGAAAAUGGAGUCAGAGAUGGGUCGAUCGAUCAGAGAGAGAGGGAGAGAGAGAGAAAGAGAGAGAGAGAGAGAGAGAAAGAGAGAGAGAGAGAGAAAGAGAGAGAGCAAGAGCGAGAAGGUUCGGAUCAACCGAGAAUGCGUAUGUUCGAAUAAGAGGAGAGUAAAACGAAUAAAGUGAAUAAAGUGAACGAGAGGUAGUAUUCGUUAUCCGAGAUAACGGAAGAUAGAAAUUUUGAGACCGCCGCAAUUUCCCUUUCUUAUAGGUUUCUCAAGUCGUAUGUAAAGCUCGCAGCUGCCUUGUGAUAGAGUCUGGACUGCAAAUAAAUUCCGACACGUGCGUGACGUGUCGGGAAAGAGAAAGAGAGGUAGAGAGGAGGUGAAAUCAGUAAGACGAUUAUAAAGAACAUAACUGUCGCAGGGAUCACGACCUGUGUGCACGAUUACAAAGACAAAAAAAAAGAGAAAGGAAGCAAAGCACAGUAAAGAGACAAUACAACUUGUCGAUCAAUUUUCGUCCAGCUGACCAAUCCAAAGAAGCGACCAAAUAAAUGAGGAGAGAAAUGAUGCGAGCGCUUGCACGACGCUUGAGGUGCUUUCCUUUUUCCUUCUUCUUUCUAUCGAUGUAUGUGAGGUAGAAAAAGAGAGAAUGUAUGUAUGUAUGUGUGUGUGUGUAUACGUGUGCACGCGCGCGACUUAUCUUCGAUUUUUCCUUCCUUUGAAGACGUACAUGUAUAUCUUUCGUUUUACUUCUCGACUCUCCCGACGCGAGUGAUUGGACGGAAGAUGUACGGCGGUCACGUGAUAUAUUAUACAAGUAUAUAUAUAUAUAUAGUAUUAUGUAAUAAUAAUCUCCUCCUUAGUGCGCAGAUUUAAGCAAAAGAGAGCGGUACUGUUAUUUGUUUUUUUUUUUCCUUUUAUUUUGUCUCUCUAUCUCCUCUCUGUCAAUCUCGACCUUUUCCAUUCUUUCGUAACGACCCACUUCUCUCUCUCUCUUUCUUUCUCUCUCCCCCUCCCCUCUUUCGUCACCCUUCGCGUCAUUUUCACUUCGACUUUUUCUCUCUCUCUUCUCUCCUCCCUUUCUUUCUUGCUUCUCGUCUCGCCUCCAAUUAAGAUUCGGCUUAAGACGCGAAUUGCGUCGCUCUCCGAGCGGCCCGGGAGUGCUCUUGAGGCGCGUAGGAGAGCAAGCAGAGGUCCCGAGCGCUCUCUCUCUCUCCUCCUGUCUCCCCGUUUCCUCCCGUCUUCUAGGGCGGGAGCAGCGACUGCAGUCGGGGUCGCCGCGUAAUCCGCGUGAGAGUGCGGGGACUCUUUCGCUUUCAAAUCUCUUCGUUUCUCCGACCUUCCGUCUCUCCCUCUUGCUUUGCUCCUCCUCCACUUCUUCGUCUUCUCGCGCCCUCCUCUUCUCUCCUCUCUCUCUUUUUCUCUCUCUUUCUCUUUCUCUCUCUCUCUCUCUCUCUCUCUCCCCUUCGCGUUCUAUCCAAGUUACUUUUAUAACCGAACAUAUGGUCGCGCGAUCGUCGGUACGUGCCUCGGCUCCUCUCGCGAAAUCGCUCGCUCGAGGGUCGCUCCCGAUUAUCUCGAGCGGAUUGAAGAGAGCGAUGAGCGACUAUAUGUGAAAGAAGAGAAAGAGAGAGAAAGAAAAAAAAAAAAGAGCAGCCGACGCGUGCCUGACGCGCGCGAACCUAAUCAUACGAUGCUGUGUUAUUUAAGUCACUAUAGGCAGUGCGUUAUUGAUUACUUUUGAUUUUAGUUUAUGACAAUUUUUCAUGUUAUUAAUUUUAUUGAGUAUGAUUUUAAGAGUACUAUAUGCGCGAACGUGUAUAAUUAUUAUCUAUUAUAUCUACUAUUAAGAAUUUUUAUUAUUAUUAUCACCCCGAAUUUUUUAUUAGUGUCAUUAUUAUUGUAUUGUAUUACCGCUGAAACUGUCUGAUAGGUCUGUUCGGUUGAUUAUCGACGAUGUGUUAAGAGCGUUAUCGAGCGAUCACCUUUCCGUUCCGACGAGAUUCGUGAGAUACUUGAGGGGGUUCCGACACACAGAUUACUACGUUUAUAUCACUUCUUUUUUUUUUCUAAUACUGCUCUAAUAGCAUUAUUCUUAUUAUUAUUACAGCGUAAUUAUUAUUAUUACUAUUAUUAUUAUUAUUAUUAUUAUUGUAAUCAUGUAACAUUUUAUCUUUUUGUAAUUAUUACCACACCCCGUGGUCGAUUUUACUUUUUUACGAAUCGUUCUCGCGUCCGUUGCCCGACCGCCGGUCGACGGGGCGCCUUAAAUGCCGUUGCAACGAGCCGACCUUUAUGCACACUUCCCUCUUUUUUUGUCUCUCUGUUCUUAUCCUUCGACGCGCUCGUUUUUCUCGUGACACGGCGCCUACGGGGCGUGACGUCGGCCAACGGGGGUGCGCAAAGGGACGGGGGCAUCUCUCCGCUACCCGCAUGUCUUUCAUAUAUUGUACAGAUUUUUUCACUUUUAUAUAGUUAUCGAUAUAUCGUAACGUUACGCAACGUUAAUCGCGACGGCAGCCGCUACGCGUCGCCGUACCAUUAUUGUACGUUUUGAUUUUUUUUUAUUGAAUAAAUGUGAACACGCCGAAAGAGAGCAUUUAA